CCACUGAAGGAUGGUCGCACAUGCCUACUGUCAUGUCACUCCAAAAUCAACGGUUACGAUCUCCAGGUACGGUUUUCCCGACGGCCGUGAUCAUCCUUCUCUUUCCUCUCUCUCGUUUGCUUCUGAUUGCUAUAGAUACACUCAUAUAUAUCCCUCCAACCCAUUUCUCUCUCAUCGUUUUUAUUUUUCUCUCUCUCUCUACUGCUCUUCAGGUCGACUACGGUCGGGUCGGGUGCCUUGUAUAAAAUCUCUCUGCGUCACCUUCCAUCUUUCUUUCUUUUUUCUAUUUUUUAUUACCUCGAUAGCGAUUGGGGAAAAAAGUUUGACACAGAGAGAGGAAGGGGUUUUUCAUGGCGGUUUUGGGAAGAACCAGUGGUUUGCUGAGCUGGGUUAGGGUUUUGUAUUCCUGUGGUUUUAGUUAUGCGGGGAAGGUUUAAUUGUGGAAUAAUGCAUGUGAAAAUUACGUGUUUUAGAGUCAGGAAGAAGAGGUUAAGUUGAAAAAGGGGGAAAUUGGGGGGAGGGGUUUUGCUUGAUCACUUGAGAGAUUUGUUGAGUGAUGGUUUAGAAUUUGAAGAUUAUAAACAAGGCUUUAUAGUUGCUCGUGAGGGUUGGUUUAGCUGAUGCUUAUAAAAUUAUUAAAUAUACAUAUAUAAAAUAAGCCAAGGGUUUAGAUAAAAUAUGAAGCUUUCAACAUCAGGGUUGGGUCAGCAGCCUCAUGAAGGUAUCUCCUUCAAAUCUUUCUUCUUGAUUUUUGUUUUUUCUUUAAUCCGACUUUACAUGCGUGUCUCCUUUUCAUUUAUUCUUCUUAGUUGUAUCCUAAACAUUUUUCUAUCUUUCUAGACAUUCUUUAUGUCGAUGCUUGUGUGUUAUAUAUUCUUGAUUAAUUAGUAUUUAAGUCUUUGAUGGUUUUGUGGGUUAAUUUAUUGCUUCUUGUCAUCACCCAUGAAAGGAGAAAAGAAAUGCUUGAAUUCGGAGCUGUGGCAUGCCUGUGCUGGUCCUCUUGUGUCCCUACCGAUUGUGGGCAGUCGAGUGGUUUACUUCCCUCAGGGCCAUAGUGAGCAGCCAGGUUGCUGCCACCACUAAUAAAGAAGUGGAUGCUCACAUACCCAAUUAUCCAAGCCUACCUCCCCAGUUGAUCUGCCAACUUCACAAUGUCACUAUGCAUGCAGAUGUUGAAACGGAUGAGGUGUAUGCCCAAAUGACAUUGCAGCCCUUGACUGCGCAAGAACAAAAGGACACGUUUCUCCCGGUCGAGCUAGGUACUCCGAGCAGGCAGCCAACUAAUUACUUUUGCAAGACAUUAACAGCCAGCGAUACUAGUACCCAUGGGGGAUUCUCUGUUCCUCGCCGCGCAGCAGAAAAAGUGUUCCCUCCACUGGAUUUCUCUCAGCAGCCACCUGCCCAGGAACUUAUUGCGAGGGAUCUCCAUGACGUUGAAUGGAAGUUCAGGCAUAUCUUUAGGGGGCAGCCCAAACGUCAUCUUCUUACCACAGGGUGGAGUGUUUUUGUGAGCGCGAAGAGACUUGUUGCUGGAGAUUCUGUGCUUUUUAUCUGGAAUGAAAAAAAUCAGCUCCUCCUGGGGAUCCGUCGUGCUACUCGUCCGCAAACUGUAAUGCCAUCAUCUGUUCUAUCAAGUGAUAGCAUGCACAUUGGACUCCUUGCUGCUGCUGCUCAUGCAGCUGCUACGAAUAGUUGUUUCACGAUAUUCUAUAAUCCAAGAGCGAGUCCAUGUGAAUUUGUUAUACCACUUUCAAAAUAUGUCAAAGCUGUGUAUCAUACACGUGUUUCUGUUGGGAUGCGAUUCCGGAUGCUCUUUGAAACUGAAGAGUCAAGUGUUCGGAGAUACAUGGGUACUAUUACUGGCAUUGGUGACUUGGAUCCUGUUCGUUGGCCCAACUCUCACUGGCGAUCUGUCAAGGUUGGUUGGGAUGAAUCAACUGCAGGUGAGAGGCAGCCACGGGUAUCAUUAUGGGAAAUUGAACCACUAACAACUUUUCCUAUGUAUCCAUCACUCUUUCCCCUUCGGCUGAAACGGCCUUGGUAUCCUGGAGCUUCGUCUUUUCAAGACAGCAGAGAUGAUGCAGUUAAUGGAAUGGCAUGGUUGAGAGGGGAUACCGGCGAGCAAGGACUUCAUUCUCUGAAUUUUCAGUCUGUUGGCAUGUUUCCUUGGAUGCAACAAAGAGUUGAUCCGUCUUUCCUUCAAAGUAAUCUUAAUCAACAGUACCAAGCUGCAUUGGCCGCAGGUUUGCAAAAUUUAGGAAGUGGAGAUGCUUUGAAACAGCAAUUGAUGCAGUUUCAGCAACAGCAGCAGCCCAUUCAAUACCCUCAGCAUUCUGGCGCCUCUAAUCCACUGUUUCAACAGUCUCACCAACCAAUUCAGCAGUUAAUUCCUCAGCAGUUUGUGCAUGGACAAACCCAAAUGUUGGAUAACCUACCUCGGUCACAACAGCAGCAAGUCAACAAUCAACCAGAGGAACAACAGCAGCAGCAGCUGCCACCAAAUUCGUAUCCGGAGACAUAUCUGGUCCAACAUGAACAGCUUCAAACAAGGCCGCAAUCAACUCACUCUUUUCAGAAAACAGAAUUCAUGGACCCAAAUGUUAAAUUUACUUCCAACAUUACUACUUCAGCCAUGCAGAAUAUGUUGGGUUCACUAAGCCCUGAAGGAAAUAGCAACCUUUUGAGUUUUUCAAGAACAGGGCAGCCCGCACUUGCUGAGCAUCAGUCGAACCAGCAAUCAUGGGUGUCAAGGUUUGCACAAUCACAAGCCAAUUUGUCUUCUGGUUCACCAUCAGUUUUGCCAUAUCCAGAGAAAAAUGGUGGCGCGGAGCAGGAAACUUCAAGCUUAGAUGCACAGAAUCAUUCUUUAUUUGGUGGAACCAAUAUCGACUCAUCUGGUCUUCUACUUCCGGCCACUGUGUCAAACAUUGGUGCUUCAUCAACCGAGACUGAUUUAACCACCAUGCCUUCAGGAGCUUCUGGGUUACAGAAUUCUCCCUACUUUGGCUACAUGCAAGACUCUUCCGAGUUGUUGCACACUACAGGACAAAUUGACCCGCCAAACCCUAAUCGUACAUUUGUCAAGGUUUACAAAUCAGGUUCGGUAGGAAGGUCACUUGACAUCACCCGGUUCAACAGCUAUCCUGAGCUGCGAGAGGAGCUGGGACAGAUGUUCAAUAUUGAGGGGUUGCUUGAAGACCCUCAAAGAUCAGGCUGGCAGCUUGUAUUCGUUGACAGGGAGAAUGACGUUCUUCUCCUUGGAGACGGCCCCUGGGAGGCAUUUGUAAAUAGUGUGUGGUAUAUCAAGAUACUCUCUCCUGAGGAUGUUCAGAAACUGGGUAAGCAAGAGUUGGAAUCAUUGAGCCAAAACACAGGUGAAAGAAUGAGUAGCCUCGCAAAUGAUGGUAGGGACCUUUCUGGGCUUCCUCCAUCGAUGGGCUCCCUUGAUUUUUGAGAUUCACGGAAGAAGAACAAAGACGACGCAUUUGAUUUUAAACUUGUGUUUUGGUGGUGCUUUUAACGUCGUGAUCUACUUUGUAUGGUAUAUGAUUAUCCGUCGUUUCCGUUUCGUUUCUGUUUCCGUUUCCACUUCCAUUUCCACUUCGAUUUAGUAGGUGUUAGUUGUAUUCUGGUAAUUUAGUAAAUGUUAGACUUGUUAAAUGAUUCGAAACUUUAGAACAUAUAUGGAGUCUCAGCCAAUUGUUGACCUUUGUGA